GCAUUGUAAAGCUGUUUUGUUCCUGUCUGUCUACAUGCUGCAGGGUGGGCUGCAAUUGAGUUAUAUUAGGAUUUUAUUUUGCAGUGUAUAUAAAAAUGGUCAGGAUUUUGGCGAAUGGUGAAAUUGUCCAAGAUGAUGACCCACGUGUGAGAUCAAGAGAAACCUCUCGUCAAGGAUUUUUUAAUACUGCAAACAGGACCACAGCUGGAGCAGGACCUCAGCAGGUACCAGGAGAUGGAGCCAGGCAGCAGGGUCGAUCACCUUUCACUGAGAUUAAUCAACAGCUGGUCAACAUGGGCUUCCCGCGGUGGAAUCUUGGAAAUCAGGUGGUGGAGCCGGUCAUGUCUAUCCUCCUUCUCUUUCUCAUUCUGAUGUUGGGAGUCCGUGGUCUGCUUCUUAUAGGCUUGAUAUACAUUGUCUCACACCUCAGCCAACGAUAAAGAUGGAACAUAAGAUUGGAUGUCUGGAAUUGAAGAGGACCUUGCAUAUGUGGUGUUUGUAGAAUGUUUGAGGCAUGUUUGAGGAACGAGUAUCUUGAUUACCCACAGCAAUGCAAGUCAUAUUAUGUGUUGUCUUCUACAACUUUUUUUUUGUCUUAUUUUUUUUUUUUUGGUCCAAUAUAUACAUUUGUUCUUUUAGUGGCAAUUUCACCAGCUGAUUUUUUUUUAUUUUUUUUUUGUUUAUUUGGGAAAGAGUUUAGUUUUUUGUUUUUUUUUUACCUUGCAUUUUCAUUUUAGAAACUUGCCACUGUUUUAUUUGAGCCCUAUUAAUUUCUACUCUUUUAACUAUUUACUUGCAUACUUAAAAACCUAAUUUAUGGUUUAAUUAAGCACUAAAAAAGAAUUUCAUCCAAAGGUGUGUAUUUUGAAGCAGUGGACCUUCUGUUGUUGUUGGGGUAAAAAUUCUGUUGAUCAUCUAGCUCUUCCCCUAUCAAAGCGACAUGGAUGUUUUUGAGUUAUUAAUAAAUGCUAAUUCAUAAAGAUAUAAGCAAAAAUUACACGUCGUCAAAUAAUAUCAUAAGACAGGGAAAGGGAUUAUGGAUUAUCGCUUUUCUGUUUUUUUUUUUUUUUUUUUAAAUAAAUUUGGCUAAAGCCAAAUAUUUUUCAGCUUUCCCACCUUGCCACUUUUAAUCAUUCUUUGCAAGUGAUGACUCAUGGGAAAUGGCCGGUUGUAGCCGUUUUAAGCUCUGCCCUUCCUGUGCAAUGUGUAUCUCAUUAUGCAUGCUUAAUAAAUCCAUAGAGGAUUCUACUGUCUUCCAUGUAUUCUCCAUUUCUGUACACAUCUAUGAGUCUGUAAAUCAUAAAAGAUUUUAUUUUAAAAUUGAAUCAAAUUUAUGAGAGAGCAUAUUCUUCUAUAAUGAUAUUUUUCAGGUAUUGGUUGAUUUAUUUGUUUAUUUUUUUGGUUGGGAUUAUCUUUAUGUCUUCCAAACUUGCAGAUGUUAAGCCCAUGUAUGUGGUAGCAGUGUUUUGAUCUGCAGCAGCAAAUUUAACAUACGAAGAUUCAAGUGAGCAAGCACCAUGGUUUUUAUUGAAAACUUUUUUAUUUUUAUUUUUUAAAUAUGGAUAACGUAAAUAUUGCUGGGAAUGAAAUAUGUUUGCAUACAGUAAAUUUUGUAGGGAGAAAUAAAUACAACACAUUUGUAAGAAGAGAUAUUAUGCAUUUUAUAAAAGUUAUUCUUGGUAAUCUGUUUCCCAGGUAUAAUUUCCUCUUCUAUUGCAUCUAUUUUGCAUAUGAAAAUUGGCAAUAUAUAUUGUUAUAAAGAAACUAUUGUAUACCUAUAACAUUUAUUUUGGAUGCUUUUAUUUUAAAGGAACACUUCUGGCACCAUAAUCACAACAUCCAGCUGUAGUGAUUUUGGUACAAGGAGUGGUUGUUUUUCCACAGUACUUUGUCAAACAGUUUGAUAACUUACUUGGGGAGCACCAGUUGCCUGUCAUCACCUUCCCUGGAGCUCAUAGCUCCUGCAAUAAGCUUCUGUUAGCAGGGCUGGUUUGUUGACUGAGGACAUUGGCUCAGUGCUGACAGCUAAGUAAGCUUAUCCCUGUACCAUCAGGCUAAACUAUCGGCUACAGAUGAGGUGGUGGUGAGGUAAGUUGUCAAGCCAUUCUUAAAUAGUUUGACUACUUAAUGUGGCAGAGUGCCAUGACACUCAUGGUACCAUAACCACUGCAGUAGACUGUAAUGGUUAUGGUGCUUGAUUUGUUACUUUAAAAAUAUUAAAUAUAAUACAUAAUAUUAUACUCACCCACACAUCUAUAUUACUUAGGCAUCCUCUCCUUUUGGUUCAUGUGGCUAGAUAUUUUUGUGUGGGAUAUUCUUGUCUGUAAAAAUUAUUUAAUUCUUUGAGAAUACAGAGUAAAUUAUAAUACUUAAUUUUGUACCUGAAAGUCACAUUUCAUUUUGCUAGGGUGCAUGAUAUUUAUGUAAGUGCAGAGUUUUGUUGUUUAAUGCAAAAAAAAAAUCUUCAGAACAUUCCGCUCUGUGUUUGUAAUUAUUAUCGUGUCCACUGUCCAGUGAAUUUAUUUGACAAGAUUGUUUCUCAAUCUCGGCAGUCCAUGUCGGCAGUCCAUGUCUGGAACUAAAAAUCACAAUUUUAACUUGGAGUUUGUUUUGUUAUAACAGAACUGUGCAGAGAAGAUCGAUCGAUCUAUAAUGAACACAGAUUUCAUAGUUUAUUGCAAACUUGUCCUUAAAUAACUGCUAAAGACAAUAGAUAAUUUGAACUUGAUGAUGCUGAAAACAUGGUCUUGUAAAACAUCCAAAAGGCUCUGAGAUGUUAACUGCUUGCUUAUAGAAACAAUUUUGAUCAUUUUAAUACAGUUUAUCUUGCCAAACAAUCACUGAAGAUAGUUGGUUUUUCCCUUUGAUACAAGGACUUUUUCAAAUAACAUGUUGACCAAUAAAGACUUAUAAUACUAA